AGAGUUUGUUUGCAGUGAAAUCCCAAAUACUACUAUAAGUAUAGGGACUGAAACGAAAUCGUCUUCUAUUUAAAUCACUCUGCUCUGCUUCCUCUUUUCAAAUUCUCGUCUCGCGCGCAUCGAGGAAGAAGACGACGACGACGAAGACGACGACGACGAAGACGAUUGACUGAGAAUGGUGCUAAUAUGUUUCAUCUUGGAUCUUCGUAAUAUCUCUCCUUCUCUGAUCGGAGAUCUAAAGCAGUUGUUACUGAGGCUGGGAAAUUUACAUGCAAUUUCUUCUCCGGUAGAUUCUCUCACUGAUCGGAUCGGUUUGUGUUAUAUCCUGAAAGAUCGGAUUUCUGGAAACGAUCAGUUGAAAUUUGCUUACACACCUACUGGAAACUUCUGCCUUCGAGACUUCCAUCACGCUGUUGACAGCUUGCCUUUAGAUGCGUUUCUACCUGAGAUCGAUGAAUCGGGAGCCAUGUCUUGCGGAGAUCUUAAGCUAUCAAGUGUUCUGUGUGAUCGAGCUUUGUACUCAUGGGGAGGUAGAGACAUUAUGAGGAAAGUUAUUGUACUGAGUUCUUCCUUCCCUGAAGAUAUGGAUUCUGACGCGAGAAAUACUCUUAUGGCUGCAGCAGAGAAAUGUGUGUCGGUUGAGUUUCUUUUGUUUGAGAAGAAAUCAAGCUAUCUAAGCCAUACGCAGGAGAAGAUUAAUAGAUUCCAAAGAUGCUUAUCGGAUCUUGACAAUUGUUCAUUUCAAACCUGCAUCUCUGAUGGAAAAUCACUUCAUGGCCUUGAAAAGAGAUGGCUUCUGGAGAUUAAGGAUGACACUGGAGAAUCACUGCAGGCCCAGAUAAUCUUCAAAAGUAACCUUUUUGGUUCGGUGAACAAGAUCUUCUGCAAUCUCAGUGCAGCUGCAAAUCAGAUUGUCGACGGAUUUAUCCCUUGUCUAGUAUGCAGGUGCCACGGCAUCCCAUUACGAGAUACAGUGGAAAACAAAACAGAGAAGCUGCAAUGCUCCAUAACCAACCAUGAACUUGGGAAAUAUGAUGUGAUUGAAAAUUCUGUAAAAGUUGGCAACAGAACUGUCCUGUAUUUACCUUCAAUCCAUAGCCUCCAGAAACUUCAUCAAAUUUCUUCCCAAGUUGAGUUCAAUGUCAUACAGAAGACUAAUUUAACUUCUCUCAGCGAAGGCCUACUACUUGGGGCACCUUACAUUGUAAGCCCUUCAACCUGUCAUGAAACAGACGCUUCUUCAGAAGAAAUGGAUCAACCAGAUCUGAACACUCAGAUUUUUCAGGGACUAUGUGGUGCUCUAUAUUCAAUGGACCAAGGCUUGGUUUGUUCUUCAAACUGUAAUCUAGACACCAUGACAGUCGUGGAAUUUCAUUGUUAUUACAUUCUUCAACCGUCAGAAAAUGGCCCAAUGCUCCUGAAGAGAUUGGCAGGGUCAGAAGAAGUCCUACCUAUUUCCAGUGCCAGUCAGUUUGCAGAGUCCUCUAUUCCUAGAGAAAUCGAGAUCUCUGUCAAAGGCGCUUUGUUAGAGAUUGAAUCAACAGACUACAAUCCUCUGACACACAACAGAGGCUUCCACCAAAAACUGAACCUCAUUGUGAAGGAAAGUCUUCAAUUUGGCUCAUUACAUUCACACAUAAAAGACGCAACAUAUGAACCGAGUUCAGUGUCUUCAGAUUCUGUACUUCCAACGGCACAGACCUUUCCACACAUAGUCAAUCCAGAAAUCCUUCAGGAAGUUCAUAUAAUUGAUGAAGAAGAACAAGCUUCCAUUACUAAAGAAUGGGAACAACUAGUAGUCACUGAGGAGGCUGUCAUGAAGUCCUCUUCCCCGGUUAUAACUACACACAAACGAAAGAUAGACAGCCAAGCUCUGUCUCCUAUACAGAAUAACAACAAACAGUCUGAUAUGAAAACGUCAAUGAUUUUAGAAAGACUUGAAGCUCCGAGGAAGAUGAGAGGAAAAGUUGGAUCACCAAGCGUAGUCAUUCAUAGUCCCACCACAUCAGAUGUGUGUGUCUUGUCUCAGAAGAAGCCUCUGAUUCCUUUUCAGACAACUCAGAUUUCAUCAAGCCAGCUCAUGAAACCCAACUUCCAGAGACUGAAAAGAAAGCAGAAGUGAGCUUUAAGUAACUCUCAGGCUGAGACAGUGUAUAGGAAAGGAUCUCGAGGAAGCUUGAUAUUUGGAGGAAAGUUAAGGUUCUGUAGUCUGCGUAGUAAUAGACAAACAUGAUCUGGUAUUUGUUGUUUAGUUUCCUUUCUUUUUUUUGUACAAAACCAAAACUAUAUCAAAUCUCAUUAUAUAUGUACAAUUUUAACUAUAUCAAAUACUCUUAAGAGCAUUGUUUAA